AUGAUAAAGAUUUGGUCGAUCAAAAAAGAUAAUUCUGCUGCGGAAAAGAAGAAGCCAAAAGUCAGUGCAGCUCAGAUUCGUGUUCAAAAAGAUUUGACUGAACUAGCGCUCCCAGAGACGAUGCAAAUGACUUUCCCCGACGAGAAUGAUCUCCUUAAUUUUAAUUUGUCUAUAACACCUGAUGAAGGCUUUUAUAGGGGUGGUGUGUUCAAAUUUACUUUUAAUAUAAACAACAAUUAUCCUCAUGAUCCUCCGAAAGUUCGCUGUACCCAAAAGAUCUAUCAUCCCAAUAUUGACCUUGAGGGCAAUGUAUGUCUGAACAUUCUUCGCGAGGAUUGGAAGCCUGUAUUGAAUUUGAAUUCGGUGUUGGUGGGAUUGCAAUAUUUGUUCUUGGAACCAAAUGCCGACGAUCCCCUUAACAAAGAUGCUGCUGAAGAUUUGAGAUCAAACCGAAAAAACUUUGAAUACAAUGUCAAACAAUCGAUGAGGGGUAAAGAUGUAAAAGGAGUAUAUUUCGAGAAUGUAUUAUCCUAG